AUGGCUGGCCGUAAGAUAAUUCUUCUAGUGGACAAUGCAAAAUGCCAUUCUUCCAGUAAUCUGAAUCUCCAUAAUAUAACCAUUCAUUAUCUUCCUCCAAAUACAACAUCUCGAAUUCAACCUCUGGAUGCUGGCAUUAUCAUGUCCUUUAAGCGUCGAUACCGAAGUUACUUUAUAAAAUGGCUUCUUGAUCAGUAUGAAUCUAAAAAAGAUGACAAAUUGAAUGUUCUUGAUGCCAUAAAAUUUAUUGUCCGAGCAUGGAGAGAAGUAUCAUCAGAAACGGUAACACUAAGUGCUGUAGAAGUGCUUGAACACUAUCUUAUGCAACAAGAUGUUGGUGAUGUAGCCCGGUCAAAUCAUGACCAAGCUUUGUCAAAUCUGCAAAAGGAAAUAAAGAAACUUCGAAAUUCAUCUUUCAAGCAAGUGAACAUUAAAGCCUUUUUUGAAUUGGCGGAUUAA